AUGCCAGUCUUUGUUGCUUUUGAUGAAUGUGUGGAGCUGAUUGUCGAAAGGCUGGGCUCAUCUGAUGGAGGGAUUUCUAAAGGCAACCAACUCAACAGCCUUCAUUGUGCAUGGCACCAUCUGCUCGAGCUUGAAUGCGAGACAGACCAUGUAAGCUUCUGGCUUGUGCUUCUCAGUACCAACACGGGUGCUGCUAGGCUUAUUGAGCAGAAGGAAGGUCAAGCCUUGCUGCGAGCAAGAGAAAAGAAUCCACUACCCAUCUUUGUCAGUCUGGAUUUUGAUGUGUUGCACAGCAAAAAGUGCAUGCUCGCCUCUCCCAAAGAGGUUUGUAAAGCUCAUCAAGUAUGCAGCUAUGGCCGACCGCUGUGGGACUCACUUCCUCACAGGGAUUGGUGGGAUAUAGCUGUGCUCAAGCUGCUUGGUGCCAAAAAGUUUCAUGCCUCGGAUGCAAUGCAAUGCUACAAUGUCCUUGCCUCCCAUCUGGCAUUGCAACUCAUUCCCACCCAUUCUGGAGAGCUGUACAGGCAAAGGAAGGCCAUGGAGACUGCUUCUGUUGACAGGCAUAUGCACAUCUUACGAGAGGUCGUUCAACACAGAGAUCUCAACAUCGACUCGCCUUCUGAGCCUGCAUUGAUGGUUGCUGCCACCAUUGUCAUGUCAGCAACACCAGAGGACCAACAGAAGGUGCCUCCUACAACAAGGCAUGCCCAGCUAAUUGACACCUUCACCAAGCAUUGCCUCCCUUUGCUGGAUACACAGUGUCUCAAAGGUUUGCAGGGCAAGUUCAUUGCAUGCUUUGUCCUGAUGGUUGCAUGGGAUGUGGCAAAGCUGCCAGCUUUGUCUGUAAAAGGGGACAAAUGCUACCCUGCCAAGGUCUUCUUGGCACCUGUUGACCUGCAAGCCUACCUGAAGAAGCUUGCAACCCUGGAUGAACCCGAUGAGGUGCUGCUCAAUCACAAGCUCAAGGAAGCAUGCAAUACUGUAUGCGACAGGCUUGACACUCAUUGA